CUGGUUUCCGUCUUUCGUCUGUACGUCGUUUCCAUUACUACUCAAUGAUGCAAGGCAUGCAAAAAAAAAUUGUGAACACCAAAUUUUCCAUGGAAUGACUUGUCGAAAAAAACUAAAAGAAGUACAAAUCUCUAUCGAUGCUGUACCGGCAGUGGCAUUUGCGAAAAGAACCUCUACAUGUUAUUCAGUCUGUAAUGAUACGUCUUGCCAAAAAUGCUCAUCAGGGAAAAACUUUCUACCUCUGGCGGGUGMCUGUGGGAUUCGUUGUGGUAUUUUUUGUCUUCCUUAAUCUUCGAUUGGCGUUCAUUACAGAAUUUGAAGGCCCCACUGGGCACUACAUGCUGGGCCACGAUUUGGAUACCCCAUCGGCGAUCGCUGUCAAAAAUGAGUACGAACACCCGACCGAAUCGUUCUCAGCAUGCAUUCUGUGGAUGGACGACAACCAUAGAUUAGAAGAAUGGCUGGCCUAUCAUUAUUAUGUAAUGAAAUUACGUUAUGUCGUCGUUAAUGUGGAUCCCAAGAGUAAAACUUCCCCGAAAGAAAUUUUUGACCGCUGGAACGACCACGAGAAUAGAUACAAGCUAAAUAUGACAAUCGUCAAGAUGUCUGAUUCUGACUAUAUUCCUGACUUCAGCGUUCGCAUGGAUGCCUUGGAAGAAUUGAUUUUGAGUAAUACAUCCGAUUCGACGAAGUUGUAUGGGACUGAAAAAACAAAUUAUCACCGCUUUAGACAGCGUCAGUUUUACAAAGCAUGUUCCCAGCACCUAGUUGAGCAAAACAAGAGUUGGUAUGGAAAUACUAAGAGUUCCUUUUGCACGGAUGAUACUGGGCGGUAUGCUAUAUAUGGGCUAACUAGUUUGUCGCUUUUUACUCAAUUUAUUGUUCGAUCCUUCUCGUGCAUCAUUCAGGACGUCAUACCACGAUAUCGAUGAAUUUAUUACGUUUGAUUGGGUUUCGAAAAUCAACAAGCAGGUUAACAACAUUACUGACGAUGGGAUCCGAAAAAUGAAACAGCCUGGAUACUUUUUCGAGCGAAUAAAUUCCCUUAAACAGCAGUUUCCACCGGAGACCUACAUCAACUCAACUGGGCUUUCGUGUCUUGUGGUUGAUAGAAAGAGGUAUUGUUCCAAAGAACUAGAUCCCGAGGAAUCAGGGAUACUAUUCUCUUCUGGCGGUAUUGUUCCUGAGGGUUUCAUGAACAGCAGCACCCAUCAUAGUACCGAAGAAGAGCGUCAAAAUAUCAUCCGACGAUUUGAUACCCUCCGUUACAAAUUUUUGACGCAUGGUAUGGAUGGACAGCCUAAAUCAUUCAUCGAUUUGUCUCAGAGGAAUCCCUACCUUUACACACAAAACMGAUAUUAUAAGAAGAGUGGAGCACACUCCUGGGAAACACACAGGCCCAUGAAGGAUAUUUGCAAAAAGGAACAACAAAAACGCGAUAAGGCAUUGCAACAAAUGAUUCGAGAAGAAAAAUUCAYUUUAAGCCAUUAUUUGGGAAGUUGGAGAUCCUACAGUUUUCGAAACGAUGCUCGAAAAGGAGGAAUCCGAUCAUAUGACGUUUGGGCAGAACGAGCUAAUAAGACAAAGGGUGAAUAUUCGCAUGUCAUUCGACCAUGGUUGAGGGGAUUUGUCGAAUUGGUGGGAGGACCCGAAGUGGCUGCCUACUUAUUGCAAGAUGCCGGAAAAUUUCCAGAUGGGUACGACGGCACGUCGCGGAUCAAUGAAUACAAAUAUGCAUAUCAGUACUACUCAAAAAAAAAGAAAAAUUUCAGAAAGCAACAACAACAAGCAGUCAAGAAAUAAUAAUAACACUAGUAGUAGUAUGUGACGUACUACUAGUAGUACUAGUAAAUUGACAUUUCUGAC